AUAUCCGCCUCGGGAAUAACAAACCGAAACCCCAAAGAAAGCCCUGGUUUCUUCGUUUCCAAGAUAGGACAGGCUCUUCUAGUCUUCCUUUCCCUCAUAUCAAAUAGUCUCAUAAACCCUCCAUAAACCCUCCCAAGUAUAUUCCUUUACUUUUGCCACUCUGAAAAUCAAUAACACCCAACUUUUUAUCCAAAAUAAUAAUAAUAAUAAUAAUUAAAAUAAAAAUAAAAAUAAAAAUAAUCUUCAAGGCGCUUAAAUCAUGUCAGAGACUAUGGAUGGGAACAAGAAAUCGAGGAAGAGACGCAAUGGAAACGAUUCAGUGGUUGAUUCUCUUGAAAAAUGGAAGUUGUACAAUGACCAACUGGUUCCAGAAGCAAAAGAUGGAGUAAAAAGUAACCCAAAGAGUCCAGCCAAGGGGUCCAAAAAAGGUUGCAUGAAAGGAAAAGGUGGACCUGAGAACUCUGAUCACUAUUACAGAGGGGUUAGACAAAGGACUUGGGGAAAGUGGGUUGCUGAAAUCAGAGAACCAAUUGAUAAAAAUAUUGGUUCAAGAAAAGGUAGUCGGCUUUGGCUUGGUACUUUCUCUACUGCACUUGAAGCAGCCUUGGCUUAUGAUGAAGCAGCCAAGGCCAUAUAUGGUUCUGCUGCUCGCCUCAACUUCCCUGGCUAUCCAAUCCAUUCCUCCAAAGCAUCAUCUUCGAUUCGAACUAAAACGGUUCCUGCUGAGUCUCAAACAACAACGUCAAACAGUUCUGAAACUGAAAGCUUCACUGAAGAGUUGAAGAUGAACCAUUAUCAAUCAGAAUCGGAUUGCUUGGCCAAAAAGCCAACGCUGGAAGUUGACAGCAAUAAGAGAGAAGACUAUAGUCCUGCUAAUCAUGUUAAGAUUGAAUUGGAAGACGUUUAUUGCCGUGGUUUUAAUAUGGAUGCUGAGCGUUUAAAGCCUUGUAAGGGGGUUGGAUUUGAGAAACCGGUGAAGAGGGAAGAAAUGGAGGAAGAUGUUGCAAAAACUCUGAACUCUAAUAGCAGUCACAGCUUAAGUGAUAGCUAUACAAGUUCUGAUGUGCAGGACAAAGUUAAGGAUUCCUGUAGAUUCGGUAGUUCUGAUAGUAACCCUGGUUGCUUGCCAAAUUGGGCAACAGAUGAGACAUUUAAAAUUGAUUUUUGGGACCGUCAAUGGGGAAAACAGUCUAAUGGUUCUAGCCAGAUACAGAGACCAAAUGCUAAUGAGUCUGAGUGUGGUAGCUUGUAUAAUCUGGAGGAACCAUAUUUAGACUUUGAUUGCAGCUUAGAUUUCUUGAGGCCCGGUUAUGAUUUUGGUUUUUCAGAAGAUCAGGGGACUCUUAAUUUAUGGGAAUGAAGAUUUUUUUGAUUGUCGUUCAUUUUUUCAGUUGUUGGGUUUGAUUGCUGUGCAUGGUAGGUUUGCGGCUGCUGAAUUCCAAUUUUUGCUUUGUAUUGAAGGAAGUUGAUGAACAUGUUUUUGUGUUUGAUAUUUCUGCAAAAGCUAAUUUCAUCUAAUUUCAUAUU